AUGAGUUUUCGACCACCAAUUGUGACAUCAAAACAACGCAAUCGAACUAAUAAUGCACGUCUUUAUGCUUCCUUUUCUGAAGGAGUUGAUGAUAGUGCUAUCCCGACAACGAUGACGCCGCGGGACGUUUAUCUCUAUAGAGGUCUUGAUAAAGAUCUGUUAACACAAAAGCCGGCAACAAGUAGAUUACCGACUAGUCGCAGUAAAAGUAAUUUAACUGGCGAACUUCUCAAACGCUAUAAACAAAGCAUGGCACCGAGCCAUCCUGCUUACCAUUCUGCAUUAACGAUCGAUGAAGCAUUGAAUCCACCUUGGGCUUUACAGUAUAAUGUUAAACGACAAGCAGCUACACCGAACUUUGUAUCUAAUGCAACGAAUAAGUUAACCUUAGAAGAUUCAGCUCGUCGAUUGCAGAGUGCACCGCUCGUUCGUUCACCUACUCCGCCUUCCAUGUUGCAUAUUCCCGAGCCACGUCUUGAAACCGUACCGACUCCGCCGGUAAAAACAACUGAUGCAUCACAAAUGAAAACUCGUUCAUCAUCCGCCAACGGACACUACGAUCGAAAAGAUCCCACCGAUCAGAAACAACGAUAUUCCGAUAGUCAACCAGAUCACAUUUGUUCUUCACAAGAUAACAUGAAACUAUCCGACGAUAGGUGCCAACAAUGUCCAAAAUUAACAAACGACGAGCAACUCGAACGACCAGUUCAAAUUAUUUUCACUAAAACUGAUCCAUCGAGUAUUCCUCCUCCACCUAUAUAUGUCUACAAGAAGUCAGCGACCUGGAUUCCUGACGACAACUCUUCGUUGCCUUCACUACAAAGACUGAUGGAUCCGACUCCUGUUCCACUCAAUCCGCAUUACGUUCAUCGUCCAGGUAUAGUCGCUGCUGACAAUGGUGAGAAGAAAGUUGUAGCCAAGCCAACUCCACCAAGCAAAACAACAGCCAAGAAUCGACGUAACAAAGAGAAACGAACCGAACCAUUAGUUGCUAUUACUCAAGCACCACUCAAAACCAAAUUAUCCGUGGAAACUGAAGGUGUCAAAUUAACUUAUGAUCCUCGUCUAACUCUUGACGAUAAAUCAUCGAAUCUUCAGAAAUACUUCAUUGAUGGCCGCUUGUAUUUAAUCAAAGAUCAUCGUUAUAACGUUCUAAAUAACGUUGAUCCUUCGACAAUACAAAAAGUCAAUCGACAACCAACUCUUUCAACACGUCCCAAAUAUUAUCAAACAGUAUCGAUUGAUAAAUAUCAAUUACCCAAGCCAUCUUUCGAGAUACAUUAUAACGCACCUGAAACCUUCUUUUACAAUACCAUGCCAAAAUAUCGACAUCGCUACAUAAUUAAUCCAAACUUCAUCUCCGAAAAUCUCAAUGUGAAUAAAGUAUCAUUAGGAGAACGUCCGCCAACAACGACAAUUUAUGCAUGA